UCUCCCCCCCACCUCAUAAUUUCACACCAAUGAGCAUGCCGCAUGUAGCUCCCACUCACUGGCAUCAGAAACACUAGAUAUCUUCAGUGCUGAGCAGUACAGUUUCAAACAAAUACACAACAGCAUUGGCUAGACGGAGGCUGCGUUCAGCCAAAAGGCACGUUGGGGAUAGGCAGUGAUAAAAAAGAGGGGGAGAAAGAGUCCAGCUGCUCUCUCACACCGGACUCAAGCAAGAUUUGCACCAUGAAGACCAGACUAGGCUGCCUGUCCCACAAAUCUGACUCCUACAAUGACUUCUCAGAAUUCCUGCCUCCAGCCCAUGAAACCACAGCCAGGUGUCUGAAACUAUCAACCGAUGAAGUUGUUCGAUGGUCUGAAUCAUUCGAUAGCCUCCUCACUCAUAAGUGUGGGCUGGCAGCUUUCCGGACAUUUCUUAAGUCAGAAUUCAGUGAUGAGAAUAUUGAGUUUUGGAUGGCCUGUGAAGACUACAAAAAAAUCAAGAGCUCAGCUAAGCUGGUGUCAAAAGCAAACAAGAUAUUUAAGGAGUUUGUUGAGGUUCAGGCACCAAGAGAGAUUAACAUUGACUACCGUACCAGGGAGAAGACUAAGCAGAGCCUGGCGGAUCCCACCCCAGCCAGCCUCAAUGAAGUCCAAGGUAAAAUCUACAGCCUCAUGGAGAAAGACUCCUACCCACGGUUUCUCAGGUCCAAGAUGUACCAGGAUAUAGUCAACAGGGCACAAGCGCGAGGACAACGAAGGUCUGUUUGACAAACAGUGGCAAUAAAACUGGACCUUUACUGUAGAUCAUUUAUCCUUUGAAAUCUCUUAAUACUGUGAAUCUGCAAGGAUGGGGGUGACCUGCUUGACUGUUUCCUUUAUCAACACCAGCUCCAUGCAUGCAAUCCCUCUAGAUAAAACGUGUCUCUGUGGACUGCAAUAUACAAUACAAUUAGUGUGGAUGAUUAUAAGCUAAUGGUUUGCUGAGCAAUCUGUCUGAAAUAUCAAAAUAAAAGUACAGUAUCAUGCAAUAAUGAUAGUUAUCACAAUAUUUGCUAUGUUUUGUUAGUUCUUUAGCUAUGUAAGUUAUUUAUUUUUAUAUCAGUCAUGCACUAUGUGAUUAUAGGCUAUAGACUCAAAUAAAAGACUCAAAUAGAGACUGGUAAGUGGUGGUUUGAAUUGAUAUAUGCAUUUCUGUAAUAAAGAAACUUUACAGUCAAUAAAGAAAUCAAAUGAGUUGUUCAAAUAGUCCUAAAAGCAAAAGAAAACCUUUAUGGUAAUCUCCAUGUGCACCUCUGGAUUGUUACUGCUUGAUCACUACAUGGAAGUACAGUUGUGACCAACUGUGAACCUGUGAUUUCACAAUGGUCCUUAGACUUGAGAGACCAGACACCAAACUUCAUAUCACAGCAAGUAGUUGGAUUAUGACCAAGAACAUAUCUGUGUACGUGUGUGUGUGUGUGUGUGUGUGUGUGUGUGUGUGUGUGUGUGUGUGUGUGUGUGUGUGUGCGUGCGCGCGUGUGUGUGUGUGUGUGCGCGUGUGUGUGUGUGUGACUGAUUACUAUGGUUGUGCACUGUGAAUUUUCAAAAUCCUAACAGUGAACAUUCUGCAACCUGAAUCUGAAGCUUUUUGGCCUUGCCAACUCUAUUUUUUCUCACCAGCUGCCUACUUCCCAAAUUUGACUUGUCCAGUCCAAGUAGUCAUGAUGUGACCACUUGGACUGAUCUGCAAAAAGCAGAUAAAACUAAAACUGAGUUAUUAUUAUUAUUUUUUUUUAUAACUGAACUUUCUUUCUUUCUUUCUUUCUUUCUUUCUUUGAUCGCACCUUUGUUUACCUCCGUGAUUGCAGUUGGUCAGAAAUUUGUAGGAAUUUUCAUAGCAAAAUAAAUGAUUUGUCUAGUUGUGGCCCGUUCACAUUCUUUUACAUAUAUUACAACCAGUAACUGUUCCUAACCUGAAUGGUUAUUACACAUAGAAACCAGGUGUUGGUUUAAGCAACACAUUUCAAGUACUCAUUGGUUGAAAUAAAUUUAUAUAAUAAUUUAAUAAAUAAAGUUUUCCUGGAUAAUAAACAGCACCGGUUAUAUAUAAGUCACUGGGUGGCCUACAUGUUGUAUGUUCUUUUCCAUCUUAUGCAUCUAUUCCCAACCCUCUCUUUGUGGACUUUGCAGCCCUGCAUCAUCCUUCUUAUUUGCUUUCAUUAUAUUACUCUGCCAAGUAGAGGGUGCUAUCACAAUAAAACAUGGGUCACAGCAAGCAGCACAAAUGUUGUGCAGGGUGUCUUUUUCAAUGGGAAGAGGGUCUCUCUGCUUUAUUUUCUCUCUUUUCAAGAGUUCACUGGAUUUAUGAAUAUUUCUGAUAUAUUUUAUCACUGAGGAAACUAUAUUGUGGUAAUUAUCAUUAUUGCUUUAUUGCUCAGCCCUGCCACUACUUGUCUUACCUCGUCUGUGAAAUAGACACUGUUGUAUGCAGGUAAUUAUACCUGCUGUGGUAGUUUGUGUGUUUACAAUGAACAACUAAGUGAGUGACCACUUAAUAUCUGAAACUGUGCCAAAAUAAUCAAUUGCACUUCGAUGUUGUUAUUGCAUAAUACUGUGUAUCUUAAACUGCAGGUAAUCUGUCAGCUCAUUUCACUCAGCUCAACAGGCAGUUUAGCUUUCACUUCUGUUCUAAAUGAUAAAAAUUGUUUAGGCAGUCAAAGAUUCCCGAAUGAGAUUCCCUUCAUCAUUUCUGGUGAUUUGGUCGGUUUAAAAUAUGUUACUGAACUGUAAUGAGUUUUUUACGGAUUAUCGACUAGCAAAAAAGUUUGCAAGUAGAGUUAAAGAGUAAUUUAAAUCCAUUCUAUAAUGGAUUGAUACCCAAUUAACCAAAACAAGCAGCAUAAACAGCAGACGUUCCAUCAAGGUUACAGUGAAAUACAAUGUCCUGCUGAUACUCUUCCACUGAAUUCCAUCCAAUCUUUGCUGAAAAUAGUUUUCUGCAUGAUGCAAUACUCAGAUUUACUGUUUAUAUAUUCUUAAACAUGUACAGUAUGUUAAACAAAUACUGCAUAUAACUUUAUUUAUAAUAUGUCAGUGUGCUCCUUCAGCAUUUGAUGUGUUUCUGCAUUAGAUGUGCUCCUUAACCUACCAAUCCUUUAAAUGAAUUAAAUGCAAAACUUUCCUGAGCACUUAAAGAGUGGUAAAUAUUUUCUUUAGUGCAUGUGUACCACAUAGGCCAGCCUGUUUGAAAUGCCAGAAAACGGAUAAAGACUAAAAAAAGCAUACUGCCAUAUAUGGUAUGUUACUGUGCUCCACAUGAAUGUAAUCUCCCUCUUCUUCUUUUUGCAUUAAAAAAAGUUAAUCUGCA